AUGGAAACAUUCGAGUGUAAACUUUCCUUUCCGGCCAUAACGCUGCAGUUUUUUAAAGAGGUCAGUAUAUUCACGCGUAACAUUGCAAACUUAUGGAAGUAAGUGACUAUUUGCCUUUGUGUUUAUUUCAGAUGUUUAUCGUUAUUGGUAAUAAAUAUCGUGUGCCAAUCAAAGACGGAUUUUCCUGUGAUUUAACGGAAGUUACCGCAAACGCGAUUGUGAUAACACGAUACAUUUCUGACAGCAGUGCAAUCGUCGAGGUGGAAUCCCUUGAAUUUCCCAAUAUUGGCCGUCAUUUUGCGAAGAACCUGACAUGUGAGAUACCAUUGCCCAACUCAAUUUGGCUAGCGGAGGCAACUUCUGAAAUUGGCCAUGCCGCUAGCCAGGCCUUUGCCAACAUUCCCCUUUUACAAUGCAAAAUUGAAGUGCUGAAGGAAGUCUCCGGAGAAGAUUGGACGAGUAUCAAAUGCUGA